UUCUAAUUACUUUUACUUUUCUCCUUAGGUAAAAGAAAACAAAGUUCUCUCAUAGCAUUAGCAGUCAACUCAAUGUGUGAAAAAAACCUCUGAAAAGAAUCCAAAUUAAUGGCGGCUUAGUUUUCCCUCCCAUUUCAAAACCACCUUCAGAAAAUGGUUUUAUAAAAAAUCCCUUUUUCCCACUUUCCCUCCUCCCAGUUUUCCCUCUUGUAUUUUCAUUUUUUUUCCUCUCAGAACAAAUAAGAUUUUGAGUCUUCCUGUGUUCCAGAAUAUAGUAUCAUUGCCCUCCAAUCCCUUGUUUUGCUUCUCUCAAAACCCAUCAAACUCCUUUUUUUUUUCCCAAUCUUCCAAAAUAUGGAAGUCCAAACAUCUUUUCCUCAAACCCUAAUGACAGCCGAUCCACCUCCUUCAGAAUCUAUCGUUUCUCAGGAGCAUGUUGAUGGAUUCCGUCGAGUUUUGCCAUUGGUUCCCGAUUCUUUGUCUGGGUCUUCAUCUGUUUCUCCAAUGGCCGUUGAUUCUAUUGGUACUGAAGCCAGGGAAAAUCCCAUCGAAGAAGAAACCGCCGCCGGUCCUUCGCCGCCACCGGCUUCUUCUACUGAAUCCGAGCCGUCUAAGGAACCUGAAAACUGUCCGCAAGAGGAAGAAGAAGACGAGAGAUGGCCUCAUGGUGGCUAUAAUUCUCCUUACAACUAUUCUCGCAGAGACAACGAAUUCAAAUCCCCUGGAUCUGGGUAUUCGUCAUGGACCCUUUCAUGGUCAAAGCACUGGUCUCCUAAAGAGACUUCUAGAAACGAAGAUAAACCGACCGGUGUGGGUGCAGGGCUGGAAAAUUUGGGUAAUACAUGUUUUAUCAAUGCCGUGUUGCAAUGUUUUACCCACACUGUUCCUUUUGUUUUGGGUCUUCGAUCAUUGAAUCAUCAUGAGAAGCCUUGUGAUCGUGAUAUGGAGAGUUUUUGUUUGCUUUGUGCUCUUCGAGAUCACAUUGAGCUUUCACUACAUUCAUCUGGAGGGGUCGUAUCGCCUACCAAAAUUUUUGACAAUUUGAACUAUUUUUCAUCAUUUUUCCAAAGAUAUCAGCAAGAAGAUGCUCAUGAGUUCCUUCAAUGCUUGUUAGACAGACUUGAAAGCUGUUGCUCAAAGCUCAAGAAUGAUUUGUCCUCUAUUGAUGAUUGCCUAGUUAAGAAGGUUUUUGGUGGUCGUCUUGUUAGCAGACUAUGUUGUUGCAAUUGUGGUCAUGUUUCAAGCACUUAUGAGCCCCUGAAUGAUUUGAGUUUGGAAAUUGAAGAUGCAGACUCUUUGUCGACUGCCUUGGAAUCUUUCACCAAAGUGGAAAAGAUAGAAGAUUUGGAAUUGAAUUUUAGGUGUGAGAAUUGUAAAGAACAGGUGUCGGUAGAGAAACAGCUCAUGCUGGAUCAAGCUCCUUCAGUUGCAACAUUCCAUUUGAAAAGAUUUAAGACUGAAGGGACCUAUAUUGAGAAGAUUGACAAGCAUGUUGACUUCCCAUUGGAGCUGGAUUUGCAGCCUUAUGCUGUUGGCAAUGAGAGAAAUAAUGAGGAACUGAGGUAUCAACUAUUUGCAGUUGUGAAACAUUCUGGAUUCAGACCUACUUCUGGACACUAUGUUUGCUACAUUCGAUCCUCUCCUAAUAUGUGGCAUAAGAUGAAUGAUUCAAGGGUUACCUGUGUUGAAGAAGAAGCUGUGCUGUCCCAGGAAGCCUAUAUUUUGCUCUAUGCUAAACAGGGUAUACCUUGGUUUUCAACUGCAAUAGAAGUGCAAAAGCCUUGUGCAGACCCUGGAAUUUCUGAUUCUUCACCAAAGUCUGUUCUAGAUGACAUAGACUUUGCCUCCAAUCUUGAGGUGGAAAAGGGAGCCAAUUGCAGCGCCAAUGAAACUAAAGAUGUUGCUGAUAGAGCUUCAACUCAAUUCUCUUGCGAUACACAGUUUGAAGUUAAGGUUGAUGAACCCCGUGUUGUUGCUGAUGGAAUUUCUGGAGUGCCUGCAAAUGAAUCAGAAUUUCAUGUAUCAAAGUCCAUUGACCCUACAGAUGAUGAGCCUAUGACAGAUGCUUCUAUACCACCAUUGAGGUCAAUUAAUUGUUCUGAGGAAGCUACAAAUGACUGUGGUUCCCCUAUAAUGCCAUCCAGAUCUCCAUCCCUAGACAAUUGUCAUAGGAAUAUUUCAGGAUGCGGUCCACAAACUCAUUUGAAAGAGGAGAAACGAGGUGGUGUUUGUAGAAGAGCAGUAAACAAGAUACCUGAGAUGGAUCAAGGAAGAAUUGAAGCAAUGCGAUAUGCCAAAAAGAUGCCUAGUGCACGAGGCGCUAAACUUAUGGCUCUACUGUCUCCACAACCGGGUAAAAUGAAGAAAAGAAUGGGAUCGUCUCCUUGCAAACGGGUGAGCCCUAGGACCAAACAUAACCAGAACCUUAUGCACCCGGUUCCUGUCUCGCGUUGAUCAGUUUGUGUGCCUUUUUUUGCUUAAAAUCUAAUCGGUUGGUUUUGGCCAUGAUUAACGGCUGAGCUCGUAUCUAUUGUGCUGAACAGGGUUGAUAUACUCAUUCCUGGUUUACUUUUUAACUUGAGGGAAAUUGUAAAUCUAGGAUAUUGUUUGGGGAAGUAAAUAUUAGAUAUGGGUUUUUCUUUUUAUAUGUUAGGUUUUGUUAGUUAAGAAACUAAAAUAUUUUAGUAAUUUUAGUUUAAAUCUCUUUCAUUUUA